AGCGUUUUCGCUAACUUUCCUCUGUAAAGGCUGGAACCCGGACACAAGCCAAUAUUUUGACUUUCAACCCAAAGUAUUGAUUUUGAAUACUGCGGUUUGCUUUUAGUCACAGGUUGAGCAACUUAAACGAUGAAGUUGUGAAGAAAACGACAAGUAAACAGUUGUCCCCGGCGUCGCCUAGCUGCUGCCCCCCCAGGGUCCUUCACUGACGCCUCCUCUGAUCAGGUGCCAGUUUGUGAUGAGCAAGAGGAAAACAGCGAGAUGGAGGUAAGAAGUAUUAUACUUAAACUACAUUAAUUUAUAAAGCUACACGCACUUUUAAGAACUUAACUUGUUUUUUCUCGGCCUCUUUCAUUUUUAUGUCUUUUAUUAUGGAAAAACAAAACUAGUUUACGUGCGUUUGAGUAUCCAAGUGGAGCAGAGUUACUUCAUAUUAAUGAAGCAGUUUGAAUAAACCUCCAUAUUUGUUCCGUUAUGCAAUAGGUAAAACAGGUAACCUUGUGGCAGAGGUCUGGGGAUGUAAAACACCACAGCAAGGUCAAAUAGUUGAUUAAUUGCAAUUUGAGAUAACCGCAUUGGCAGCAGCUUGAGCCUAUGUGCAUGCAUUUGAAGCAGCAUAAUGUGUGUGCUCUGCAUGAAUAUGUGCCUGUGUGCUUUGAGGGACAGGGAGCUGUGAGCACUAGUUUCAUGCUUUUAGGCUCAUGCCAGAUGCAUUGCAGUUUUAUCACAGAGAUGCUUAUGAUUCACUUUUGAAAAUUCUGCAGGUGUUAGGCAUGCAAGCAAUGCUGCUCUCUUAUUUUUGCAGAAGGAGGGUGUUUUAACAGCCGAGGUGGUCUCCAGCUGUAUCUCCAACCCAGGCCACAUCAGCACCGGGCUUCAACACUCAUAUCACCACCUCUCUCUGCCUGUGAGAUAGGCUGCUUCUCUUUAUUUUUCAUUUGACAUAAUAUAGGGAAAAGUGGGUAAGAUGAGCCACCCCCUGUUGCUUGGAAAUGGUAAAAGAAAUUGAUCAUGUGACCAAAUAUUUAGGAGAUGGGCAUCAAUUCAUGGACUCUGUGAAUGAUAGAAGCACAUGGGUGAAGGAUUUAGACAUUUAUUUACAAAAAAAACAUUUUUUACUGUUGAAAGUGAAUUUAGUCUGUCCUAAGUUUGAUUAGAAUUGUUUUCAGACCAAAAAGAUCAUUUUAAAUUUGUUUUAUACAUCAAUUGUGGUAUCUAUGAGCUACAACAUGAGGUAAAAAACAUAACAUUAAAGUCCACCAUUUUAGCUUAGAGGACUAAUUAAGUCAUCAUAGUAGUAGUAGAGGAUCAGAGUUUCAGUUCAGAUUGUUGAAAUAUUUAACUUUUUCUUAUCAAAAAUACAACUGGGAAUGUUCUAAAUCACUUAAAGGCAUUCUCAUGUUAAAAUACCUUUUUUUUUUCUUUUACAAAACAGCUUUUUAGCAGUUAUAUACAAUAAUAACAAUAAAAGAAUGAUUGUACCAGUUGAAAAGCAUAUAAUAGAUAAAAAUACACAUGAAUGUGAAGAAGUGACUGUUAUUUAGGGAGAGAGAAGGUGAGGGAGAGCUGGGAUGGAGAGUGGGAGGUUAGUAGGGAUACGACUCAACUUACCCCACUCCUAUGAUCAACUUACCCCAUACACGGGGUAAGUUGACCAUAGGAAACCACUUUUUUGGCAUGCUAUAUUAUCAAGACAGUUAUGUUUACACUCAUUCUGUUGGUUUGCAGGGAUGCACAACAUCUUAAAAUAUAUGCAGAUACACUAGUUAGAGACAAAAUUAUGAUUGCCUUGAUGUAGUGAUCCAAAAUAUGAAAAAUGGUUCAUCUUACUCCACUCUCCCCUAUAAUCCCUGAAAAAUCAGAUCUGUUCACAGUGUGUCCGGUUGUUUUUUACAACAAUUCUCUCUAAAGCAAAUUUAAUCUAACCAAGUUGGUAUUUUCUGUGCUGUAGAAUCACAAUCUGAGGGAUGUCUCAGUUCUGUGCAACUAUGUCUAUCUUCAAAAGCUGGAACUGCCACACAACAAAAUUAAAGGUGACUGUUAACCUCUUUUUAAGCAUCUUUACAUUUAUAACAAGAUCUAAUUAGACACUGAUGGGUUACAGUUUUAUCAUCUUAUACUGCCAUGUUUUCUCUAAUUUGGUUCAACUUCUCCUAUGGCUAGAUCUGUCCUGCGUGAGCCACAUGCCUUAUCUCGUCGUCCUGGAUGCUUCUAAUAAUGAAAUCUCAGACUUCUUUGGAUUCCAGCCACCCAAGAAUCUUAAGGUAAAACAGGACCUUGAGCUGACAGAAAAGGACCACAUUUGAUUGUUGGCUUGAGCUCCAAUUUCUUGCACUAUUCCCUCAAGAUAGGCCCUGGAUUUCCAUAGCCCAUCUGUAGUCCUUUGAAUAUGCUUACAAGGCAUUAAGUGCCCUUGAAUGACAGUGAACUCUAUCAAAUUGAAAAUUCCUUCCUGUAUUGUGCGGAUUUAGUGAAAGUUUCCUCAGACUUUCCUGACUUUGUGUUAGAGUGUGCUUUCUUUUUUUUUAGGAAGUCAAUUUCUCCCACAACCGUAUGACAAAAAUGAAGGAUUUAUCUGCUUACUCAUCUCUUAGUAAACUGAAUCUGGAUUGUAUCCUUAUGUACGUGGACUCACAAGCACUCACCUUUCUUCUUUGCCCUUUCUCUGUCAGGCACACAAUAACAAAGGUGUCUUUUCUGAGCUUAUUCCUUAACUUUUCACAUAAAAUGCAUUUUUGCUUUGCUGCGGUUUCCCCUUAACCUGCCUGUACUCAGACAAUCGUUUCAGUGAGAUCAUUGGUCUUGAGCAGUGUCGCAAGCUCACCCAUCUCAGCCUGGCGCACAACAAGAUCUUGAAGAUCAGCGGCCUGGCCUCUCUGCCUCUCACACACCUCUAUCUGGUAAGUCAGUAGAGAGCGAAUGUUCUCAAACAUAUCUCACUUUCUUGGCCAAUUCUUGGCUGCUGCUCUCACUUACACAUUAAUGGCCCUUCUUCCUGCAGGUUUCCCCAUGUGUUGUUUUGUAUCUAAACUUACACAGUGGGAGUUAUAUUGGAGUUGCUCUUUCUUACCUCUUAAAUAAUAAAUUUCCCCUGUUUUAUUUUGUCUCACUAUUCUUCCCCUUCUGUCUCUCUUUAUGUCUCUGUUUUUGGCUGCGAUUUUACAAUCAGUAAAACCUUGGCCCCCUGUUCGAGAAUCGCCAUAUGGUCCAACAGCAGGCCUUCACUCUCUCUUUCGCUCCUUUUUUGUGUGUGUGCACAUGCGUACUCCGUCCUUUAUCAGUGUUUCUUCAUUGUCAGCAGCCAUCGGUCUGGCCACGUCUGCCCCUGUCUGUAGCUUUGCUUUGGGACCAGCUGCUGCUGUUUGAGUGAGCCUGAACCAAUUACAGCUCAUACACAUGCACACACUCACACAUACCUUGUCUAUCCAACAUCCAUCUCAUCCCAUCCCUGACCCCUCUUCCACACAUGCUGCCUCCCUAAACAGCACAGCCCUGUCAGCCAGCCUGUUUCACAGCCCAUCACAGCAUCGACCUGGAGCUUCAGGGGACCGGUGCAGUCACAUGCCCCCGCUGACAGCAGCCCUCUGCCAGGCAACAUGCUUGGCAAAAGAAGGCUGAGGUUUGGCCAGACGGGCAGAUAACAACUCAAGUCGGAGGAAUGGAGUGAGAGAGAGAGGCAGGCUGGGGACCCUGACAAGAGAGGAGUGCCUCGGACUGGUUCUUCAGUUGGUUAGCCUGCUGUAAUAGCACCUCGCCAGCUGGUUGGCUGUCAGUCCUCACCUGUCAGGAUUUAGCAGGAAGAGGCAGAGCUGCCACUCAACCCAGCACUGAGGGGGAAAAGGAUCAGGAACCCCGCAGGGCGACCAUAGCAUGUCCUCAAUAUUUAUUAGUUAGAAUCAUCGACUGUAUGUUAAAUAGAGCUGUGGGUUAGAAGCCCCCCUAUGUAUGCAUGCAUAUUCAUGGAUAUCACGUACUUGUCUCUUCAAAAGUGUCCUCUAUCCUCUCUAUGUCCAGAGGGGGAACCAGCUGGAAACGAUUGAAGGGUUGGAGAGUCUGAAGAAUCUGCAGGUUCUUGACCUGUCUGUGAACCGCAUCACUAGUCUGUCUGGCCUCCAGAAUCUCCACCUGCUGGGCUCCAUCAAUUUAGAGAAAAACCUGGUAUUGAUCUGAGACAACCUUCAGAAAGAGUUAGUUAAGCACAAGAAUAUGUCAGCCCAAGUUUUUCACCUUAUCAAGCCUAUUUUUUGUGAUUAAAAUUUUGUUUCAGAUAAGUCAGAUUCAGGAGUGCAAACACAUUCAUGAUCUUUUCCUCCUGAGGGAACUCAACCUGCUGGGAAACCCUGUUCUGGUAAACAAACUCUUCCCCGAUUUCACAGUGUUCUACUAUGGUAGCAUUAAUCAAAUGUGAAUGGACUGUAAUUAGGGAAAAAAGGAUAGGUUGUGAAUAUUAAAUGUUGCGUUUUGUGUGAUUUUUUUGGAAUAGGAGCAACAAGAUUACAGACUGGCAGUUGUCUUCCUCCUCCAGCAUCUGACUCUGCUGGACCAAGAGAAAGUUACUGUUGAAGAAAAGGUUUAAAAAGCCAUAAAAUUAUUAGUUUAAAUAGACAAUUUCUAACUUUUUAUAACUCUUGAUAAUUUAUUUAAUAUUGCAGGUUUCAUCAGUGAACAAGUAUGACCCUCCUUUGGAUGUGGUGGCGGCUCGAGACCACAUGACACACCUUGUGUAUCAGCUGAUGCAGCCCCAGGUGCUCUUUGACAGGUUAGUACUACACUACUACAUGAUUGAACAUAAUCUACCUUUUCUGAAAUCUAUUUCAAAGUAAGGUUGUUAAUAUUGUUCAGCGAAAUCUGAAAGAGUAAGAACUGGACUUUUGGUCUGAAUGUGAUGCCCUACUAUUAUAGUUGUGUUGGUUUAUCACAUCAUAAAAUCCUCUAACAUCAACACCACAGGUGUGUUUUAAGGAUCAGAAGCAUUUGAUAUGCCGUGUUUCUGAAUUUUUGUAUUAUCUACCGCAUAAAAGAUACAGACUAAGUCAUGCAUCAGCAAUUUUUGAAAACAUCCAUCAUCAGCGAAUAAAACUGCAGCUACAGCCAAUUUAAGAUUCUCUAAGAUGCUUCACGGAUCCUCUCAGCACAUCUGCACUUCCCACAAGGCUCCUGUUUCUAUUGAUUUUAAGAGUGCCUUCAAAAUUUCAUAUCAUGUUUUCGUGAUUUAUAUGUGUCAUGUUCAUAUCUGGUUGGAAAAAAACACACACCUGUUAAGUUUGAGUGUAUCCAAAACCUAUUCGUGUUUGUGUGUGUGUGUUUUCAAGCAGCACUCUACCCAGUGCAGACUCCCCGUACCCCAUGCUGGUUUUGACUGGUCCUCAAGGCUGUGGAAAGCGGGAGCUGGCCCACAGACUGUGCCAGGAGUUCAGUGAAUACUUUGCCUACGGGUUGGUUUCAAAUUUUCUGCACUAAAAGCACAUCUGACUUUCAUAAACUGAGGUAGCUUCCCUAAAAAAUACCUGCACUAUGAAUUAAGCUGUAAACACUGUUGAAUCUAUGAACAAAACAGUUGAAUGUUAAUAAUUAAUCAACUAUAAGUAUGUCAUUGAAACAUAAAAACGCUCUGUUGGUACAUAAAGUAAAGCUUUUCAAACACAUGUUGGAUUAGGAUACUGUUUUGUAUGACUUAGACUGUGUUCGUGGUUCAGCUGAUGAUAUUCACCAUAAGGAUGAAUCUGCUGGAGCAAACUCAGCUGUUGAUUUUUUGCGAGACUGAAUAAGAGGAAACCGAAUCUGUUGAUACAAAGGAAAAGUUCAAAACACAGAGAAAAGUGACCAUCUGUGUCUACAGUUAUUAAAGUUGAAGUCAGAUAUUUUGAAGUCUGUCUUAACACUAUACCUUCAUCCCUGUAGUAAAUGAACACAGCUUUUAGUUGCUCUAAUCAUUCCUCUUGUCCAUGCUGCUUGUUAAGUGAUCCCUUGUGUAAUAAAAGAGGGACACUAUUCAAACUCCUUUUCUUGCCAGAAUCCAUUUUUACUCUAGCCAAAGCCCAUGUGAGACUUCAGCAGUCGGAGUUAGCCAAAGCAAGUUGUUGAAGUCCAUGUCUUGGUUGUCACGUGUGGAAUUAUUGCUGGUGUUUGUCCUGGCAAUCCUGCCAGCAGGACUUAUCCCUCCGCUGCUUGUCGGGGAAGGCAGCUCUGGAAAGAUACCCAGUCAGUUUGUCAAACUCAGACUGCUGAUGCCACAUAUUAGCUUUGGCUUAGCUUCAGGAUACAUUCAUAAACAUAAUAAGGAUAGUAGAUCUUGUCCUUUAUUCCUUGUUGUAUAGUCCACGAGGGAAUCUUUUUGUGAAAAGGAGGAGCAGUUUUACUGGCCAAUAACUCCUUCAACUUACAGUGCAUCAAGCAUGAGUAUGCCACUAAAAUAGUCUUGGAAAAAUGGGCCCACUCUUUUAUUUGGGGUAAACUCCUGCUGCAGUAAAGCCUAUAUUUAGGGAAAAUGGCAUGUCCCUGGUUCUCAUCUGGAGAAUGGUUUCCUGUUGUAAACCUUCCAGAAACACAGGGAUAAUAAAUCAGCUCACAACCCCCUACAGGGCCUUUUUAGUUGUGGUUGGUAUGAGAUUAUUUACAUACAGACACGGUAAAACAUCGGGCUGGACAUGUGGCAUGACCAACUCUUUUUUCAUUUUGUGUGUAUCUUUGAAUGUGUGUUUUUGGUCUGUAUGUGUCUGUUGGUGCAGAACCUGUCACACCACAAGGGGGCCCUACUUUGGAGAGGAGAAUGGAAUCGAUUACCAUUUUGUCAGUGAGGAGGAAUUUCAGAACAUGAUACACAUGGUGAGAAGUUUGUGAUUUUUCAGUUUUUACAUACAUAACAUAUCUUUGAAGUGACUUUAUUAGCAAUAACUAUGUUUCAUCAAAAUAAUUAUCUAUUGUUAGUUUAGAAACCAUGCAAAGAGAGAAAGACUGGCUCCAUUUGAACUGAAUACAAACUGAGUUUUCAACCUUUUUCAAGUGUCCUCUCAAACUGACAUGACUCCUUCAGCAAGUCCAACAGUAAACCAAGAACAGACAGCAAUGCUGAUAGAUGCUAUCUAAGGUUAACUUAAUACUGGUCAUAAAAAUAUUGGCCCUUCAUAAAGAUAAUUAUAGAUCCUAAUUAAAUCAGCCUAAUUCCCCUGAGCGGUCAUAAAUGAGCUGGAAUAAGUGUAUAUGGUGGUAAGAGGAACUGCUGAGCGCUCUCUUUUCUUUUCCGUGUAUCUUACUCUCGAUAUUUCAUAGCAUCAUUCAGUAUGUACUGGAGUGAACCUGUCUACAGUCAACAGGUCAGGACACUUUCACUAUAUUUCUGCCAAAUGUGAGAUGGAAAGCCAAAAACAACCUCGUAGGCACUGACAGAUUGCACUGGUUCAGACAAGGUGUACACAGAGACAGCUCAGCUAGUAGAGCUGUAUCUUCCUCUACUCUUAUAAUCUGGCAGAACUGUCAAUCAAUCAUCUUUUUAAAAUAAAACAACUAAUAAAACGAAAUCUCUCAGAAAAAUGAAGAGUUGGACAUCAGUCAGCAUAGUAAGAAAUAAAAUGUUAGGAGCUAUGUUUAAGAAGUUUGACCCCAGGUCCAUCAGUAACACUAGAAGGCAUGUUUUAUGAUAUAUACUGCAGCCAGUCAGUAGGGGGAGCUCUGAGUCUUUUGGUUUCACAGUCAGUGAGCCCUAAUGGUGUCCAUGUUAUUUAAUCAUCAGUGUUCAGGAAUGAUAAAAUAUGUGCAGUUCCAGGGGACUGAAUCUGCUGUCUCUCUUCUCUGCUCUCUGCUCUCUGCAACAGACUACAGGCAUUAACUGAAUGUGUGCCCUUUAUGAGACUUGACAAGAUGUCAGUAUUCCAUGACCUGUGAAUUACAACCAUUUGCUCUGUGUUCAUUUUUUGAGGGAGGCUCAGGUGCAAAGGAGACCAAAGCAGAGUAGGGCAUAGGGACACACAGCCUAAGGAUAGAGCUUGCAAACAAGCGCUGCAAACAAACAAAAUCUGGCACCUUUCUCUGUGUUUGUGCAGUGCUGUGUGUGUGUUGGUAUGUUCUUCAGAAAGAAUAUCUUCUUUUUCUGUUUCACUGCUUUGCUUUCAUUAGCAGGACCGCUCUCUUUACUUUAUUACUGUGUUGAUCUACCAGUGCCCUUCUCUUUCCUUUGCAUGUGGCAGCUCUGGAUAAAAAAAUUGACUCAUAGGAAUACUCAUAAACUUUGUUAUUUGUUAAAACUAUCACAUGUUGUUUUAAGUCAUUUAUUAAAAGGUAUCAAAGCUGUAAGGGAUGAUAAUAUUUGUUGUUAUCUAUAUGCUCACUCUGGAAAAUUCCAUAAAAACAGCUAUCUCUUGAGAGAGAGAGAGAGAGCUCUAGUUGUAUUUGCAUCAUCAGCUAAUAACUGUGAUUUUUAACUCCAUCUGUAUUACAUCCAUCAAAACUGUUAUCUUAGUAGCUUUGAAGAUGACAAAAUAAUCCAGUGAGUGGACCUAGAGUUUUCCUUGAGUCAGAGUAAUGUCUGCUGAGGUCAGAGGCCUUUGACACAUUUGUUUUCCAUCUUGUCCCCCCUCCGUCAAACUCCCUGUUAUGUAAGAGUGGCAGAGGAUGAUGGAUUGAGGUGUGGGUCAUGUAGUGAUUUACACAGGGCAAUGCUUUGAAGCAGGAAUUUAUGCCUUUUGUCUCCUCCAGAGGAAGUGGACCGAGUUAACUUCAGUCAGCACCUCUUUCUGUUUGAAUUGGUCUAUUUCUCCCCGUUAGCCUUUCUUAUCCUUAGGCAUCACUGCUUGCUGUUCCGUCCUCUCUUUCCCAACUCCUCACACUUUUGUGCCUGCGCUCCGCUCCUUCUCCCAUCACUCCUUUGUCCCUCAGAUGUGAUUUUCAGUAACUAUGCAAUCAUAACCCUUAAUCCCACUUCAGGUUGCUGUUCAAAAUUAACCCCAAUCAGCACUUGUUGGUACUUACGAGACUCCUUAGUGUGUUGUAAACACCAGGAACACCUGCUGUGCAAUUUUGCCUAAAUAGCAUCCACCUUUGGUAGUAAAGCCUCACAAGCAUUGUGUCUGUAAUUGAGUGUCUGAAUGCUUGUCAGCGACCUAUUUCAGAAAGUGCAGGAGCACCAACAAAAGGUUGAAGGGAGAGUUUUCUUGGGUAAGUUAUUAUAUCCUGAUGUCUUUGAUUGAAUGCGGUUCUGAAAAGCAGAGAGAAAGGAGCCAGGAAUAUUUUUCUUUCGGAAAGUUAGAUCACUAGUCUCUUGCUGGCAAUUCUGGCUCCCAUUAGCUCUAAUCGUGGUAAUUUACUUCACGGCCUGGUACGCAAACAUAUGAAUACCCUGAAAAUGAGACUCUCAGGUGAUGUCACCAGCUGAUUUUGCCCACAGGCUUUGGAGGGUUAUAAAUUAUGACAAAAGGUCAGGGGUCAUGUGUGAGAAGUAACAAAGAGAGAGACUUUUUUGUCUUUACAACCAGGUCAAAAGUUGAGUCCACAGGUGGGCAUACACCUUUGGCUGUUAAUCUUGUCAGAACAUGCAGAUGUGGUGUAUGUAUGUCAAGUCUUGUGUCCACUUCUGAAGAUGAAUGUUGCCCAUAACUGUUGUAACACGAUAAGUAGGGGGCAAUAAAACAGCCCACCAAAAUGUUCUCUCAUUGUCUCUUCUCAUAACUUUCCUUUAGGGUAAGUUUAUCCAGACCAUGCAGUAUGGAGGUCACAGAUACGGUCUGACCAGAGACGCCAUAGAGGAUGUUGCCAGCGAAGGGCUCGCCUGCUGUGUGCACAUGGAGCUCGAGGUGUGUAUGGAAAAGUUAAGUAUAGCAGUCCAUAAAGCAGAUCAAAACCACAUGCGGUCUUUACAAUAUGUUGACAGACACAGAGCAGUGACAGAGGAGCCACCAGCAACAAAGGAAAUGUUAAAGUAUGAACAGUAGUCUGAACUGUGUCCCUGUUUUAUGGUCGGUUCUGUUCUAAUACAGAGUCAGGGGAAUAAAAUAUCAGACUGCACUGGCCUCAAGACUUCUCUGCAACAAACAAAUAUGUGACAGUGUGUUUUAAACCAUGCCUUUUUGCUUAUUAAGAGCUAAGGAAGCCUGACUUGUUUGUUGUGAAAGCACUGACCAGCUCAUUAUCUAUUAUAAACUUUAGUCAGACCUGCUCCUUCCAGUUGAGUCGAGUUAAAUUAAAUGUCUGUGCUCUGAUCUGCCAUCUACUUCCCUUAGCCAAACCCCUAUAAAGUCUCAGUGCACAUCUCCCCUAAUAAGAAGCACUAUUGGCUUUCUGAGUCAAUUCUUGGCAGUAUAGGAAACAAUGAUUUUUUUUAAGCUGUUACAUGAGGCAGCCACAAACUGUAUUUGUUUUGUUUUUGCUAGAUUGACAAUGAGGUUUUGGAAACAAUUUCUUUCACACCCACGGGGCUGAGAUUGAAGUUUAUUUCUCGGCACCAUUGCUGUGUUUUGAUGGAACGAAAGCUCCUAAGAAGUGUUUUCUAUAAUUCAGGAUACUCAGUGAGGAAUCACAUGAUAUGGUUUACUAAAUUGCCUUUACAAGUUCGUGCAGAGAGGUGUGACGCCAGGGGAUGUAAGUUUUUAAUCAUGUUCAAUUCAAGUCUCCACAGCACAGUGUGAAUCAGUUUAGAGGGCAUUUAAACUCAUAGAAAACUAAAUUAUCAAAUAUUUAUUGUGUUAAAACUAUCCUGUUUAUCAUUACAGGGUGUGUUCAGUCUGAAAAACAGCUGCUUUGAGCCUCGAUACAUCUUACUCAUCCCCACCAAAGUGGAGAAGUACACCAACCAGCUGAAAAGCCGAGAUCUCUACACUCAAGCGCAGAUUGAUACGGCAGUGUCUCGAAUAGAGCUCUACGCUAAUACUAACAGGCAGAGGCCAGGAUUCUUUGACAAUGUAAUCCCCAGUGGUAAGACAAGGGAACACUUUGUUCCUCAAGUGUUUGUUCUAAUGAAAUGAAAUGUUUUCAUUCAAGUUGUUUGAUGUUGUACUUGUUAAUUCAAGUAUGCAUUACAGAGGAUAAUAAUAGUAAUUUAAUAUUCUCAAGUGGCUAAUCAGAUCAAUCGUACUAUUUGUCACAGAGAGUUUAAUUGCAGUACAAAUGUGUAAUUAUAAAUAUCUACUAUUAAUUCUCAGAAAAAAUUGUAUUUCAAGUGAAGAAAACAUGUAAAUCCCUCUCGUGGGUGACUUUUUUUCCCUCAGUAGUCAAACAGCAUUUGGAUUUAAUGAAAAGUACAAAGAACUGUUUCAGUAAGAGACAGUUUGUCAUAGUAGUGCCUCACAGAGUGAGAAAUACCCUCUAUGUCCCGUCUUAGCAUGAGUGCCACAACUAAAGCCUCAGAUAGAUUUACACACCUCUCUAAAAUCUAUACACGACACUUUCAAUCCAAUUACCACGUGUAUUAAGGGCACGUAGCCAUAGAAUAGCUCUGUUUAUCAUUCCCUCAUGAAAGCACUCAGACAUGUUCGCUGUUUCCUUAAUGAGAUGAACAUACAGGGAGUGCAGAACCUCAUCACUUUUAUGCACUGCUAGCUAGCACAUCAUUACGCUAAGGUCAUCAUCCCCAUAUCUUUGAUUCAUUACUGUUUGAUUGGAGAUGCAUUGGCACUGUUCACAACCACAUUUGUCUUCGUGGGGGCCUGCCUGUGUGUAUGUGUGUGUUUGUGUGUGUGUGUGUGCACUUUGGUGUGUGAGUAGAUGACUGUGAAGAAGCCUUUCAGUCACUGAAGCGGGUCAUGAAGGAGUACCUGUUGCAGGACGAGCAAGAAGAAGGAGAAAACAACAACUCAGUGGGUGUGUAUUUAUCAUGAGAAGACUCAAGUUUUGUGGAGCAAGACAUGGUGUCAAAUCGAGUCAGCCAUGCCACACACACAUUUCUCCAUUUUAACAGUUUUUAUAUAAAGGAGCAGUCUGCCAUUUAUUACAGUUAAUUUACUAGCUCUCUUUAAGGUAUUGCUAAAACCCUCAGAAUCCACAGUUGUGUGAAAGGUUCCUGAAUUUUACUGUAUAUGGUGGCCUAUCUUCAGAGAAAACACCACACUACACAACAUUUUUUAAAUCUUAACCUGAACUUAUGGAAAGAAGUACAAAAUAGCUGCAUUUCUCCUGUAAUGAAGCUGUAAAUUGGUUUUGUUGGCAUCCUGAUACAUUAGCUUUUGCUGCGUUUGAGUUACCUCGGAAGUCAGAUGUCCAAGCUGAAAAUAACGUCACACCCGAGUUCCCAGUGUUUCAGUUACCAAGUCGGAAAACAGCAAAAUCGGAGGCCUGAAACAAGAUGGCCCCAUAUUCCGACAAGGCAAGCGCUAAAAUAACUUUCGUAGAUGUAGCUAUCUUGUUUCCAACUCCGAUUUUGCUGUUUUCCGACUUGGUAACAAUGGUAACUCGGGUGUGAUGUCAUUUUCAGCUCGGACUUCUGACUUCCGAGGUAACUCAAAUGCUGCAAUUGUCUGUAGUGCUCUGUUUUAAUGUAAUCGUACAUAUUUCAGCCAUCACAUCUCACUUAUUUAUCUACGUAACCCCAUCCUCCCCUCUCAGGUCAUGAGCCAGAAGAGAAGCCGAGUUCGCCCUUGUCAAGGUCUCGAUCAGGCACACUCACAUCUCACUCCGCCACUGCUCUUGAACCCUUAAACUCGUCGAACAGGAACUAUUUCACAAAGAUCCAUGCGGAACUCAGCCCGCAGAAGAGCCCCGCUGUGAGUUUCAGAGAUGUCAAAUGAAAAAUUUAUUGUUCGUGAAGCCUGCGAGGGAAUGUAAAAGAGACUUCUAGGCUUUAUAAAAUUUCACCAAUAUAAUGUUUAAUCAUAAAUCACCACUUCUCUGUUCCAUUUCCCUCCUUUUACUCUUCAUCUCCAACCCUUUCAAUCAUGUUCCAUAUUAGCAUCCUCCAUUGUUUUUACCUGCUGUUCCUGUUUGUCUCUUCUAUCCUUCAUCUUCCCUUUCCUUCAAUUUGUCCUUCCCUCCAUCUCCCACCUCUGCAGGAGUUGGCUUCCAUCAGGCGGCGAGAGCAGCUGAUAAGAGAGGCUAUAGUGGGCAAGAGUCCAGGGGUCUACAGCCAGCUCUUCAAAAGGUCUGUUAUGAGUAACACACACUCCACCGCACUCUAAUGCUUAAUUUCAAGUAGACACUCUCUGCAGGGCCAAAUUGGUUUAAUUGGUGCUCUUGUCCUAACUGCAUUUUGAUGGUUUGUUUUGGGUGAUUGUUGACCUUGGGGAUGAAGUGGCAGGUGCCCAUAUUCUUAGCAUCUAACUAUUUGUUUCUAUUAUGUGCGCGUGCAGUGGCGCAAAUACACACAAUUCAAAUUAAAAACUGAAUGUAAAGGUUAUGAUUGUGCUCAGAGAGAAAAGAGGAUCGAAUUAAGUCUUCUGUUUUUCAGCCCUGUUCAGACGGCACCAUCAUCACUGCAGAAUCAGGAUUCUGGGACCCACUUAUGUGAGGACAGCAGGUAAAAAAUACACACUCAUAAAAUACUUAAUGUAUAUACACUUACAGGUGCUUAACCAAUGUUGUCCAAUCACAAAUAAGGCCAGAUGCUUUUGCGCUCGCUUAAAAAAAUGCAUUUCCUGCUUUUUGAAUUCUGCUGUAUGUGCCCCAAAGCUCAUAACCGGUCUUUCUGCAAAACAUGGAUUACCUUACUUAAGACAUGUCAUGUGUGUCUUUCAUGCAACUGCACAGACAGCCUUAUCUCUCAUGUAAAAAAUUAGCAUCAAAUUAACGUGAUCAUUUUAACAGGAGAAGACCUGUAAGAUACAUGCACAGAUACUGUGCGUGUUCAGUCAAGUUGGAUUCAUUGCCUUUAGGGUUCAUGUUCUCAGAAUGCAAGUGUCACCAAAACUACAAGUUCUGUCAGCACAGAGCGAGCCAUAAAUGCCCCCAGUAUGUGAUGUUAGCAUUACUCAGCCUUCCAGUAUUUCUAUAGCGAAUUCCAGGUAUCUGUCCACAGCUCUCUUAAUAAGGACGUGUCUUUACUUGUGAGUGUAUCUCGUAUACUGUAACAGAGGAGCUUUGUGUCAUCCUGUUUUUUUGCCUAGCUGUUUCUGUGUGUUUGUGUGUGUGUAAUUUGUCGACGACUAUCGUAAACUUUUGGUUUAAUUAAUACCAACAGUCAUUGUCAAUGAAAGAGCAAUUAGAAUAUAUUGUUGUGCAGUUAAAUAACAACUUCUGGUGAUCCCAUUUUGAUGAUUAAACCACAAAAUCACAUUCUGCUGUGUUUUAUUUUUCCAAAAGUGCUAUACCCACUAUUAACCUCCAGCUUGUCUCCCACUCACACAAGCUCAUUGUGACUUUCCCUACAUGAACUUAUUCUUUUUUUAUCUUUACCUGUCUGUCUCCUUUCCCCUCACCUUGCCCUGUAUUCCCUCCUUUCUCAAGCAGCUCGGAUGAGUCUCGCGCUAGUUCAGGUCUGUCUGUAUCGAGUUCUGCCGGAGCCUUGUCAGGUUUAGUGGAGCCGCUAGACAUCUCUGUUCUGGAUCAAACCCUGGAAACAUCCAAAGGUAAGUAUACUGUUAUCAUCAUUUCAUUUAUCAUUUUUACAAUUUUACUAUUAAGUAAGUAGUAUACCUGAACUGUCAGAAAAUAAUCAGGCUUUCUUUAUCGAUUUGUAAAAAUUGUUUGUCUAUUUUGUUUGAUUUUAAUUGUUAAAUUUCAUGCGACAUCAUUAGGUCAAACUUCAGAAAGCCCCCCUCCAGGCGCUGACCAGCAAACUUCAGUCUUGUCUUCUGACAGACGUCCUGGAUCCAACGUCAAAGCUGUCCUCCCACCGAUCCCUAAGGGGCGUAAGACCCCUGCAGCUUCCAGCCCAGCUCCUUCACCCAGACCCAGCCCAAAACCAGCAGCCGGAGAAAGAGAAGAAGUCGAAGACAGGGAGGGGUAGAAAGUCAGCUGAAAUCUGUCAGUCAGUGGAUACCAAAUAUUAUCCAGCUGGGCAAAUACCUCUUGAGAACAUUAAAAAAUCUUUACCUGUAUUAGUUAAUCACACAAAUGACUAUGUUUGUCACUUUCUUAUCACAAACUGCACGGACUGUGAUGCUUCAGACUGUGAUAUUCUCUAGUAUAGACUUGACUGUCAGCACUUGCCUUUUUCUGUGAUCUGUUUCUCUUGUCACGACUUAUCCCGAUCUUUUACUACGUAUCAUCUUCCUGACAGGUGAUGACAGAAAUGGCCAUAUAUGAAGGGACACACCGGUGUAAUUACAGGCAAAGCUUUCCGCUCUGUGGGAUGGUUGGGAUGAUGUCUGUAGGGUAUACUGUGAUAAAGACUAAGACUAGGUCACAGAUUGACGAGCAUGUCUUUCAGUCAUGAUAAUAAAGCAAUGUGAAGGAUUAAACAUCUCUUUUUGUCUUAAAGAGGUAUCUGUUCAUGUUAAUGUCUGUAAAAGAGUGUGGUACAUGUGAUCUUUUGUGAAUGUUGCAUUAAUUUUCCUGACAGUGAAGUGUUAUUAUAUUUCCUACUGUUCAGUAAUCUCAUCAAAAAGGAUUUGCCUUCGACAUCUAGUCUCUGAUCUUUUAUGCGCAGCAUGAAACUCUUGUCAUUGGAUGAUAAAUACAUCAUUAAUCUUUAUCUCUUCUGAUGGGAUUAUUUAUUCAACUGGAAAUGCGCUCAUAUGGAAGUUGUUGACAGGUAUUAAACAGUGAGCCAUCACAAA